CUGUUGUGUCUUGUAGGCACUGGGGAGAGUGGAAAGAGCACGUUCAUUAAGCAGAUGCGUAUCAUUCAUGGCUCAGGCUACUCUGAAGAGGACAAAAAAGGCUUCACCAAGCUGGUGUACCAGAACAUCUUCACUGCCAUGCAGUCUAUGAUCAGGGCCAUGGAAACCCUGAAGAUUCUGUACAAAUACGAGCAGAACAAGGCCAAUGCAGUGCUGAUCCGGGAAGUGGAUGUAGAAAAGGUCAUGACAUUUGAGCAGCCAUAUGUAAGUGCAAUUAAAACAUUGUGGAAUGACCCUGGAAUCCAAGAGUGUUAUGACAGGAGAAGAGAAUAUCAGCUUUCUGACUCAGCUAAAUACUAUCUCAGCGACGUGGAUCGUAUCGCUACCCCGGGAUAUCUACCAACUCAGCAAGAUGUGCUACGGGUUCGAGUUCCUACAACUGGGAUCAUAGAGUACCCCUUUGACCUAGAGAAUAUUAUCUUCAGAAUGGUGGAUGUUGGAGGGCAAAGAUCAGAACGAAGGAAGUGGAUCCAUUGCUUUGAAAAUGUGACUUCCAUCAUGUUUUUAGUAGCACUUAGUGAAUAUGACCAAGUUCUGGUGGAAUCUGAUAACGAGAACCGGAUGGAAGAGAGUAAAGCCCUCUUUCGAACCAUUAUCACUUACCCAUGGUUCCAAAACUCUUCUGUUAUCCUCUUUCUCAACAAGAAAGAUCUGUUGGAAGACAAGAUCCUAUAUUCCCACCUUGUCGACUAUUUCCCGGAGUUUGAUGGCCCGCAGAGGGAUGCGCAGGCAGCCCGGGAGUUCAUUCUCAAGAUGUUUGUGGAUUUAAAUCCCGACAGUGAUAAAAUCAUCUAUUCCCACUUCACAUGUGCCACAGACACGGAAAACAUCCGUUUCGUCUUCGCAGCUGUCAAGGACACCAUCCUACAGCUCAACCUGAAGGAAUACAACCUGGUUUGACCCCGCUCUGCUCUCGGCCCCUUCGAGAGGCUUCGUUGGGAAGAAAAGACAAAACAAGAAAGAGAAAGAGA